AGCUCGUGGAGCAGAGAUGACAAGGAUCGAAGAGAGGAAGAUGGAAACGUAGCGGAGAAGGCUGCGGCGGCUCUGCGUGCUCUUCAUCACAUUACGGAAGCAUGAUGAUCGCGUGUGAGGAAAGUGUGUCUUCCUCGUAGAAUUGGCUUGACCAACGAGGACGAGGUGACAUCAGACGGACAGCAAAGCGCUUUCGUAGCGAAGAACGGGAGGGAAACAGGGAGCUUGUCGUGUGCUGCGCUGUUGUUGUUGUUGUUGUUGCUGCUGCUGCUGCUGCUCGUGUUUUUGUGCACUUUAUUUGUCGAAUGCGCUCCGAGAGAUGCGAGCCCCGUUCCUCACGAGUCGAAAAAGUCGUUUCCUGGCUUACCAUCAUUGGAAUUUGGACAUCCGUCCUUCCCUGCAGGAUGCUUUGGGUCCUAUCUUUUUCCCCAAGAUAGCAAAAGCAGUUUCCUCGGCGAAGGAAUGUCGUUCGAUGGUUGAAAUGAACAGGACGGUACUUUCACCACGACGAUUACUUCGGCUCCUCCCCCCACUACAGGACAGUUAUUUACAGAAUAUUCGGCGAAUUGCAGUCCUCGUUGAAGCCAACCUGAUUCAAUGUGCAUUUCGUGAUUUGAUUCCUAAUCAACUGUACCGAAAGUACGCCAUUCCGUUGAGAUUCAGGACGGACGAGAAAUUUGAAAGCAGCACAAAAUGGUUACACCGUCAGGCUCUUCAUUAAACCCUAACGUUCUGUUGGUAUACACCUAAUAGAUCAGAAACCGACUACGGGCACACAGCAAAACUCAAUUAUCGGUGACAAAGUUGGACUCCAUCUUUUUAGUUGAACCAAAGCCCUACUGUCGUGAGGCACGAGGCGGACUGGGCCAUCGUCGCUCCGGUUGAGGAGGGUUACAGUCGCCAGGAGUGAGAUGCUGGGCCGGGUUCUGUAUGGUAGCAGCUACAUGGCCACUGUCACCCUUCCGUUGUUGUUUUCCCAAUCCCCUCAUAUAGUGAACUCGACGCAAGUUUACGCCGUGGCUGCACUCUCCAAACAUUUCAGCAUUUCGCACUGGAGCUCCUAAAUUUUCGGUAGUCACAGAGGAGAAUGGCUGGACGACUGAGGACGGCAGAAGAGGACGUUCGCAUGCGCGAUGCCGAAAUUCUAAAAUUAAGAGACCUUGUUACGAGUUUGGAGGCUGAGGGAAUGAGACUCGAUUCUGAGUUGCGAUCAAGCUUUACAAAGCUGCACAAUGACAAAGAAAGUGCAAUUAAUGAAGGCAGAGUUCUUCUCUCGCAGCUUUCAAGACGGGACGCGGAAGUUGCCCUUCAGUCUAAACAAAUUGAGAAGCUAAGAGCAACCAAUGCAAACCUUAGCGCCCGGCAAGCGGAUUACAAAGAAGAAAUUAAGAGGCUGAAGGCUGAACAGAGGCAUGAAAUAAGCGACCUACACGAGAACCUACAAGAAGCACUUGCUUCAAGGCAUGCAAAAGAGAUGGAGCUUGCCUCGUACACAGAAAAAUGCAGUGGAUUGGAUCAAGAAAGACAGAGCUUACUCCUUCAACUCCAUCAAGCAUUAGAACGAGCUAAUCUUGCUUCUCAGCGAGCGGAGGAGCUGCAAGGAAAGCUGCAAUCCACUGCAGAAAAAAGAGCGAGAGUAUCUGAAAAUGUUGCUGGAGAAAUGGUAGAGCAUUUGAAGCGCCUGACGUGCCACAUGAAAGAGAUUGAAACAUCCAUGGACAAGACAGCACUAGGUUUUCCAGUGGGUGUCUUUAAAAAGAAGGCGGUCGCCGCAAGCCUGGCCAAAUUAUCCAACAAACUCGCACAUGCAGAAGCAGCAUCGUUGGACAUUCUGACACAUGCAGACAGCCUAAAUGCACCUCUAAAGCCUGGUAUACAACCGGGAAAAGAAGAGUGCGGGAGACAAGUUUCCUGCGGUGUCCCGGGUGAAAGUAAAGAGUCUUGGUCAGAUGGCGAACACUUACCCAAUCAACUUGAAAAAGGAAGUUCGGUGAAAGCCAGAGGAAUGGCUUUCACAACCUUCCAGAAAUGGGUGACCUGGAAGUGGAGGUGGGCAGCGUCUGCGACCAAAGCAGAACGAUUGAAAAACCAGCUGAUGCUAAAAUCGGUUCCGACUGAGGCCAAGAUCCAGAUCGAUGAAAGUCAGCAGAAGGGUUCCGAACUGUAUAAUUCUGGAGUUGAUAAUAAAAACCUCGGUGAUGUAUUCUUGAAGCACAAGCUAGUGCCUCUAAUUAUGAUGGCAUGGCGUGCAUUUUCCAAGUUGUCAAAUUUGGAAAGGGUUACUGAUGCUCGAAACGAAUCCUUGAAAAAAAUAAUUUCGGCACUCCCUUGGUGGAUUCGUCGGGUAGGGGAAAGAAGGGCGUUGGAGCGUUGCUUCUUCCACUGGCAGCUCCUCGCACUGAGGGCCAAUCGAGCGGCAAUUCAAGAGCAGCAGCAGACACAGACAAUAGUCUCGUCCGGACCGAUUCUACAAUCUAAGGUCGAAAGAAAUCAAGUGCCCGCAGUGGUACCUACAGCACCGCUUCCUUUUCCAGUAAGGACCAUCUACCGAGAUGCUGAGGCACAAACUGCAGAAAGCUUACGAAGUUCUGAGAUUGAAGUGAAACAUGAACAAAAUCUGAGUGGAACAAGAGCCAUCGCACAUAGAAGUAGGCCAGAACCCAAAGCGGCACCACCUUCAGUUGCAAAGAGCGAAACUCGCUCGAGAUUCAGUGGAGAUGCCCAGCGUAUGUCGAGAAACCAGGAGACGAAGAGUCGGAUAAAUACCACAUCCGCCGCUAGGCCAUUAAAUGGUUUUCAGACCUCGUUUCGGGAAGAGCUGAAAGAAUUGCAGGACGUGGUGUCUCGGGAAGUGGACUCUGUGAAACAGAUCCUUCCCCAAAGGCCACGUAGUACUUUCGGAAGGCUAUCUGGCGCUGGCGAGGUCGACCCAACCAAGCAAGCACUGAAAUCCGUGUUCAGUGUAUGCAAUAACUUGGCACAAGCUUUAGAUGAGGUACGUGCUCAGUUGUUUGGGGCAGAAAGCCAAACAAGAGAUCCGACACAGUGGACGGCAGGCGGGAAGAUGAAAAGAUGCAGCACAAAGCAGUCAGAAUCACAAGAUGACUGUGAAGCAGGUGGGUCAGCCUUCAAGGGCAAAGACAGCGGUAGGCAACAAGAUUUGCCAGAAACAAUUCAACACUACGCGCUGCCGAUUGGCAGAGUGGGACGGUAUAGGUCCCCUCACCAAAAACAGCCAAGAGAAGCUAUGGCUAUGACAGCUGGAGAGGGAUGGCCUCACUCAUCUGGUGCAUCUAGCAAGACGCAACUCCGUACACCACGACAUCCGUAUGGAAACAGUGCAGACCAGCCUCACUACCUGCAAGAAGAAAAAAAUAGCUUCUACAGAUACAGGAAUGGAAGGGCAGAAAGCCAGACCGAUCGACGCCCACUGGAAAGGGUUCGUGUUCAACGUCAUUCUGCCCGAGCAGAGAGAGAUAACAACCACGAAUUCAGAAGUGCAGAACACGAGUUCCAAGAUCAGCAUCCUUAUGGAAAACCUGGUGUCAAAUUGCAGCAUCCUCAAGCAGGAAGAGAUGAUGGUAUCCAAGUAAGAUCGGAAGGAUUGUCAAAACAGCAAUUACUGAUUUCAGAUAAUAGCCGAGUCGGAGGUCGAGUUGCAAACUUUAAGACGUUGGCCGGAAAAUCUGAUAAAGAUGGGUGUGUGUAUGUCAAGAGGAGCUGAUGCGAGGAUCCCGACAAGGGAGCAGAGCGUCAAGCGCGGAAUAGGUGACAGUGCUACAAUCACUCAAGAAGAGAUGUUACCGAUGCCAUUGGAGGCCCGAGAAGAUCAUCCCCGUCCUUCUACAGCCCCUGGCAGGUCCACGGACGUUUGCAGGCCAUCGCUCAGGCCUGCAACGGCGGCGGCGCUUCGCUUCCAGCCGAACUCCACGAUUGGAAGACAUACCAAAGCACCAAACCUAGGAGCAACUCACAACUUUAUCGCGUCAUUGAGAAGAAAACAGUGCAUUGGUUCAGACUACGCGGAGCUUUUAAGGGCAGAAAUCGUUCGCUUGAGAGAGGAUCGCCUCUCUCUUGAAGGCAAGUCAUUGAACAUGGCAAUCAAUCCACAACGAGAGUUGCCCUCGACGGGAAGACCUGGCUGGCGAAACGUCUACUAGAGCGAUUUUCAGGUUUCUGCUCAAGCCUCGCCUUUUGGUGAUACUACAACCACAGACCAGCUGCAAAAAACCAUGAGUCCUGGUUUUCCUCACCAGCUCCACUCUUGAAACAAUCAACAGCAGCUCUGGAUCCAACUAUAGACCGGACAGAGCAAUCCUUCAUCGAAUGCUGGUCGCGAAGGGCAAGUUGCAUUUAAUAAGGAAAACCCCCACAUCAACAGGCUCUGCUCGAAGCUGCACGGUCACAUUCUGGAAUCAAACAGUGGCAACACUUCACUGUUCACUAGAAGAAAGUUCGAAUGACGUGCUAUGUGAGAUGCCAGGGCCACCUUUUCAAUCGAAGACUUCAUAGCUCAUCAGAGACAACAGUGGAAAGUUUCGAACUGCUUAUCAGCAGCAAGCUAUGAAAGAAGUUUGACAAAAGUUGCAAAGGCUCCCAUUCGGGCUAAGUCGAGUAAGAAGUUGCACGAAAAACAGAAGAACAGGUGUUUCUGGAGGGGCGUAACCCUGACGCAUACCCAACCAGCACGCUUUCAAUGUACAUUCUGCUAAGUUUCGUGAUCCAAGCUGCUGCAUAGUGAUCAAAUCCAGGAUUGCGAUAAGAGAGCUGGCGUGAGUUGAACUGAAGUUGAGAUGAGAUAAUGUAUCUCUAUCGAAUUUCAAAUAUAAACCUGCAAGAACUCCUACGAAAGUCUGCAGGGAGUAAGCAAGGACAUAAGUUGCUGAUCUGCGCGACCAAUGCAAACCCAACUGCAUGCUGCUUUAGGUAACAAAAGAUCCACGAGUUACAAAAGGCAGGAAGCCUUUCAAUUUUCUACCUACUACAGGCUCAACUGAUUCCGUCUGCCUCACUAGUUUGCGAAAUUGAAUCCUUCGAUAUUUGUCUUCACCAACCGCAGUGCAGAUUUCCAGUUCGCGUCCAAUCUCGGGUCCCCACUGGCAAAAUCUUGCUCCACCCCUGCAAUAGAUCAUUUGACAACGUGAAGUUCUCAUGUGAGAAGAUGAGCUCUUCAUAGGCUUUACAGAAAUUCCGACGGUGACAAAUUCGCUUCAAUGGUGCACCCGGCAUCUUCCGGACCAAGCUGGGUACGAACAAGACCCCACACCAACUUCCGGCCUUCACAUAUCCAAUCCAACAAACUCGACUGGAAAAAUCAACGAUAGGAGACUCUGCCCGCGGCGUCAGUGCAUUAUUUUCACACUUUCUCCAUUCCUCCUUUCUGUUCUCCUUUCAGGUAUCUCCAGCAUCGCUUGUUAACACCACCAAUUUUCUCCUCGACACCUGAUUUUGGAGCCCCUGUUGAGUACAAAUUCACCACAAUCACAGUAAGCUAUGAACCCAGCGAGUUGCUCUAUAUCAUAAGCCAGUAAAUGAAUCAA